GGUUUUACUGCAUGUACAACCAAAAGCUUAAACCCCCAUUUCUCUCUCCUCCUUCGUCUUCACUCUCUCUCCUCCGAAAUUCGCUUCCGAAAUUCGUGAAUUUGGGGGUUUUUUGGGGGUAAUUUUAGGGUUUUACACUCUCAUUUCGCUAAAUUAAUUUGUUCUUGAACACGGAUAAUCAGCACUGUGUUCUGAUUUUGGAGUGCCUUUCUCUUGUAUGCCACCAUAAGUUGAAUCAAAUUUCUUGUUCUUUCAAAAAUGGAGGAAAGUGAGGCUUCAACUGUUCCUGAUGGGGAGUUGAUUGGAAUUAAGUUCGGCCUUGCAAGCGAUCAUGAAAUUCGAACGUCUUCCAUCAGCGAUUGUCCAAUUAGUCAUGCUAGUCAGUUGGCAAAUCCUUUUCUUGGCUUACCUUUGGAAAUGGGUAAAUGCGAGUCUUGUGGUACUGCAGAACCCGGAAAGUGUGAAGGUCACUUCGGCUAUAUUGAGUUGCCAAUACCUAUCUACCACCCAUCUCAUGUCAGCGAAUUAAAACGUCUGUUGAGCUUAGUGUGCCUCAAGUGUUUAAAGAUGAAGUCAAAUAAGUUCCCAGUGAAGAACAAUGGUGUUGCGGAGAAAUUAUUGUCAGCAUGUUGUGAUGAAGCCUGCAGUGUAUCGAUUAAAGAUAUCAAGAACAGUGAUGGGGCUUUUUUCCUUGAGCUGAGAAUACCAACCAGAUCAAGAGUGCAAGAUGGCUGGAACUUUCUUGAAAGAUAUGGUUACAGAUAUGGGGAUGGUUGUGCUAGGACGCUGCUUCCUUCUGAGGUUCUAGCGAUGUUGAAAAAAUUACCUGAAGAUACAAGAAGAAAGCUUGCAAAGAAAGGAUACAUCCCGCAAGAGGGGUACAUUUUGCGCUAUGUACCUGUUCCUCCUAACUGCUUAUCUGUUCCAGAUGUAUCAGAUGGAGUCAGCGUUAUGUCAUCAGAUCUUUGCUCAGCGAUGAUGAAGAAAGUUCUCAGGCAAAUCGAGGUUAUUAGGAGCUCUCGAUCUGGUGAACCCAAUUUCGAGUCGCAUGAAGUUGAAGCCAACGAUUUGCAAGUUGCUGUUUCACAGUAUCUCCAAGUCAGAGGCACUGGAAAGGCUGCUCGUGAUGGUGACAACCGGUACGGGGUAAGCAAAGAAGGCAACAACACUUCAAAAGCUUGGGUCGACAAAAUGAAAACCUUGUUUAUAAGCAAAGGGUCUGGUUUCUCUUCAAGGUCUGUCAUCACCGGUGAUGCUUACAGGGCUGUAAAUGAAGUUGGUGUGCCCUGUGAGAUUGCCCAAAAAAUGACAUUUGAAGAGAGAGUGAACGUGCAUAAUAUACAGUACCUUCAAAAUCUGGUAGAUAACAACUUGUGCCUCACCUUUAGGGAUGGGUUGUCAACGUAUUCGUUGAGGGAGGGUUCUAAGGGGCAUACGUUCCUUAGACUUGGCCAAGUUGUUCAUAGGAGGAUUAUGGAUGGGGAUAUAGUUUUCAUUAAUAGACCUCCUACUACUCAUAAGCAUUCUCUUCAAGCAUUGCGUGUGUAUAUUCACGAAGAUCAUGUGGUUAAAAUAAACCCUCUGAUGUGUGGUCCUCUGGCUGCAGAUUUUGAUGGGGAUUGUGUUCAUUUAUUUUAUCCCCAGUCGCUUUCUGCUAGGGCUGAAGUUUUGGAACUGUUCUCUGUUGAGAAACAGUUGCUGAGUUCACAUAAUGGAAAUUUGAACUUGCAGCUAUCUACUGAUUCUCUGUUGUCUUUAAAGACUAUGUUUAAGGUUCAUUUUCUUGACAGAGCAUCGGCUAACCAAUUGGCUAUGUAUGCCUCUAAUCUUUUGCCAUCUCCUGCUCUGUGGAAAGCAUGUCCUUCAAUUUCAAAAAAAGAGAAAGUGUAUUCUUCUGGUCCUCUUUGGACUGCUCAGCAAGUUUUACAGACGGCUUUACCUACCCACUUUGAAUGUCAUGGCGAUAGACUGUUGAUACAUGACAGUGAAGUAUUAAAGUUAGACUUCAAUCGGGAUAUUGUGGCAUCAGUCAUUAGUGACGUUCUCACGUCAUUGUUCUUUAACAAAAGCCCGAAAGAUGCUUUGAACUUUUUUGACUCUUUGCAACCCCUUUUGAUGGAAAAUUUGUUUUCUGAGGGUUUUAGUGUGGGGCUGCAUGAUUUUUUUUUCCCCAAAUCCGAGUUGCAAAAUAUUCAAAGGAAUUUACAAGAUCUUUCACCCCUGUUAAUGCAGCUAAGAUCAUCCUUCAAUGAACUAGUGCAGCUGCAAUUUGAAAAUCAUAUUCGGGAGCUCAAAUCCCCAGUUGGAAAUUUUAUUCUUAUAUCUUCAGCACUUGGAAAUCUGAUUGAUUCUAGGAGUGACUCUGCAAUUGAUAAAAUUGUUCAGCAAAUCGGGUUUUUGGGACUGCAGCUUUCUGAUAGAAGGAAGUUUUAUUCUAGUGGACUGGUGGAGGAAGUGGCGAGUCUCUUUCAACAAAAGUACCCAUAUGCAACUUCGCAUCCUUCAGAGGAGUUUGGGUUUGUAACGAGUUGUUUCUUCCAUGGCCUGGAUCCUUAUGAAGAGAUAGUUCACUCUAUUGCUACCAGGGAGGUAAUUGUCCGUUCAUCAAAAGGACUGGCUGAGCCUGGAACACUGUUUAAGAAUUUGAUGGCAGUUCUUAGAGAUGUUGUCAUUUGCUAUGAUGGCACCGUUAGAAAUAUCAGCAGUAAUUCUGUCAUUCAAUUUGAAUAUGGGAUUGGAGGGAUGGCAUCCCAGAAUUUGUUUCCUGCUGGAGAGCCUGUUGGAGUUUUGGCAGCAACUGCCAUGUCAAAUCCUGCUUACAAGGCUGUUCUGGACUCUUCUCCAAAUAGUAAUUCUUCUUGGGAUAUGAUGAAGGAAAUAUUGUUCUGCCGUGCGAAUUUCAGGAAUGAUAAUAAUGAUCGACGGGUUAUAUUAUAUCUGAAUGAUUGUUGUUGUGGUAGGAAGUAUUGUCAAGAAAAUGCAUCAUGCCUGGUAAAAAAUCAUUUGAAAAAGGUUAGCCUCAGAGAUGCUGCAAUUGAGCUAUCAAUUGAGUACAAGCGGCCAAAGCUUGAACCUGAAAGUUGUGAAAUGGACACAGGACUUGUUGGUCAUAUUCAUCUCAAUGCGGGCUUGCUAAAGUCAUCAGGCAUUGGUAUGCGUGACAUUUUACAAAAAUGUGAAGAACAAGUAAACAUGUUACGUAAGAAGAAGAAAUAUGGUUAUCAUUUUAAGAGGAUACUUUUGUCUGUAAGUGAAUGUUGCUUCUUCAACCAUUCUGAUAGCAAAUGGACUGACAUGCCAUGUUUGAAAUUCUAUUGGCAAGACAUGCCUGACUCUGAUUUGGAAAGAACAAAACAUAUCAUGGCUGAUAUGAUCUGUCCAGUUCUAUUGGACACAAUUAUUAAAGGUGAUCCUCGAAUUUCCACUGUCAAUAUUACCUGGAUUAGUCCAGGCACUACAACUUGGGUACAGAGUCCCUGUAGCAGUACAAAGGGUGAGUUAGCUGUGGAGGUGGCUCUGGAGAAGACAGCUGUCAGGCAAAGUGGUGAUGCGUGGAGGAUUGUACUGGAUUGUUGUCUACCUGUAUUUCAUCUGAUUGAUACAAGGCGCUCUAUUCCAUACGCAAUAAAGCAAAUCCAGGAUCUAUUUGGAAUAUCCUGUGCCUUUGAUCAGGCAGUGCAGCGCCUUUCAACAUCUGUAACUAUGGUCACAAAAGGUGUUCUCAAAGAGCAUCUGCUUCUGUUGGCCAGUAGUAUGACGUGUGCAGGGAAUUUGGUUGGCUUCAAUACGAGUGGAAUAAAGACUUUAUGCCGAACACUGAAUGUUCAAAUUCCUUUCACUGAGGCAACUCUAUAUACACCGCGCAAGUGUUUUGAAAGAGCUUCUGAGAAGUGUCAUGUGGAUACUCUGGCAAGCAUUGUAGGAUCAUGCUCGUGGGGUAAGCGUGUUGCUAUUGGUACUGGUGCCAAGUUCGAUCUCCUCUGGGACACAAAAGAGAUUGAAUUGGCUGACAAACCAACUGAUGUUUACAACUUCCUUCAUCUGAUGAGUAGUGCAAAUGAGAAAGAGGUUGAUAGUGGGGGCUUGGGUGAAGAUAUUGACAACUUUGACAAGGAUGUAUACAUGGAACCAGCUCUAUCCCCCGAACAGGAAAACAAGGCUGUCUUUGAAGACGCGAUUGAAAUGGGUUUAGAUUCUGAAAUUCCUGGAGCAGGUGAAUCAAGUUGGGAUGCAAUACCUUCAUCUGGUAUAGGAUGGAAUGCAAACAAAUCUGAUACUGGUUCUGGCUCAGCAGAAGGCAGUGGUUGGUCUUCCUGGGGAUCAAAGAAAAGUCAGUCACAGCUAGAAGAUGCAUCCAAGUCUGAUGGUUGGUCUUCGUGGGGGUCGAAGAAAAAUCAGCCACAGCCAGAAGAUUUGUCGAAGACUGGUGAAUUGGAUGCAUCAAAAACUUGGGGUGGAUCUAAUCAUGGGGAGCCUUCACCUACUUGGGGCCAACCAGUCAUAGAGCCUAAUGACACUAGCAUCAAGAAUGAUCUUAAGGAAGUUUGUGGCUCUGGCUCAGCAGAUGGUGAUGGUUGGGCAAAUUGGGGUUCAAAGAAAGAUCUGUCCAAGCAAGAAGAUUCACCAAGAACUGGUGGUUGGGAAUCUUCAAAGUCUUGGGCUGGGUCUAAACCAAAACAACCUUCAUCUGCAUGGGGUGCAGUCAAAGAGGCUGAUGAAAAUGCAGGCUGGAAGGAAAGUGAUUCCAAAAAAGAUCUUGCUUCCGGCUCCGGAGAAGGUGGUGGUUGGUCAGCUUGGGGACCAAAGAAGGAUCUUCCGCAGCCUGAAAGUUCAUCUAAGGCAAAUGGUUGGGAUGCAUCAAAAUCUUGGAGUAAUUCUAAUUCAAAAGAACCCUGUAAAGCCUGGGGUAAAACAGCAAAAGAAACUGAUAGUGUUGGCUGGAAGAAAAAUUAUCCUCAGGGAGAUUCUGGAAACCUGGGAGGAACAAGUGGUUGGAAUGAUAAACUGCUCAAGGAAAACAAAUCAAAUUCAGAACAGUAUCAGCCUACAAGUUCUAAAGGCUGGGAUUCUACUGGAGGAAAGGAUACUGGGUUCGAAAGAAGUAAUGACUGGGCUGGUAAGGGUGAGAAGAAAGGGGAUUCAAAUGGCUUGGAUUCUCGAGUAGGGAAAGACAAUGAACAGCCUUGGGAUAUUUCUAGUAAUGUUGGUGUCAAGAAGUCUACAUGGGGACAAACUGUUGGCAAUUCUUGGAAGAAGAGUGAUCAAGGAAGUUCGGGCGGAUGGACUAAUGAUAAUGCAAACGAACAAGAUUGUGCGAGACAAGGAAAACCCUGGGGUAAAAGUCAUAAAGGGUCUGGUAGCUGGAGCUCUGGUCAGGGUAACCAACACCCUGUUUCCCAAGGGGUAUCUGUAGAGAACAAGGCAAUGACUUGGGGACAGCCUAAAGAUUCAUCCUGGCAAAAGAACAAUGACGAAAAUGAUGGUGGAUGGGGUUCUUCCAAGUUCAAUCAACAGGGAGCCGGUAGAAGCUGGGAUUCCAAAAAGAAAGGGAGCAAUGUUCAGUCUUGGGGACAGCAAGUUGACCCAACCAAUAAUGAUAGCAAAGAGGAUCAGAACAUUGGUAUUAGUGCUGAUGGGUGGAGUUCUGGCAAGGUUAAUACAAGUCCUGGUGGCUGGGGCACUGGUAAAGCCAAUGGAGCUGGUGUUUCCAGCUCUUGGGGGUCUCAAAAGGAAGGCAGGCCGCAGGCAUCUGCUUGGGGACAGUCGGACAAUAGCAAUGAAGCUGCAGGUAGCUGGAAGUCAGAGAAGAAAAGUGGAGCUGGUGGGUCUGGAAGUUGGGAAUUUCAGAAGAAAGAGAACAAUGCAAAAUCCUCUUGGGGACAACCAAAGAGUAAUGCUGAAAGUGUUGGUGACGAAAAAUUGGACAAGGCCUCUGCAGAAGACGGUCUGAGUAACUGGGAUGCUAAAAAAGGAGAGGGAAAGUCCCAAUCUUCAUGGGGACAGCCAAGUGCUGAUCAAGGGGGUUCUGAUAAGUCAAAACAGUCUGGGAAUUCAUCUGGUUGGGGUUCUGAAGAGACCAAUUUUGGAAAGGACAGUGAGAAACAGGACUCUUGGGGGAAACCAAAUUCUUCAACUUGGAAGAAGGAAUCAUGUGAAAAGUCUCAUGAUUCUGAUGAUUCACAAUCACCUUGGGGACAACCCGGAGGGUCUGGAUGGAAUAAAAAACGGCCUGAAGGUGGUCGUGGCUGGGGCUCCUCAAACACUGGUGAGUGGAAAAGCAGGAAGAAUCAAAAUCAUAACCCUAACCAGAAUCGACCCCCAAGGGACAAUGAUGAUUCUGCCAGUGUGGCACUAACUGCUACUAGAAAAAGAAUGGACUCAUUUCCAGCUGAAGAGCAAGAUGUCCUAUCUGAAGUUGAAUUGGUUAUGCAGUCGAUUCGAAGAAUCAUGCAUCAGUCUGGGUGUAAUGAUGGAGAACCACUUCCUCCUGAUGAUCAAAAAUAUGUUAUUGACAAUGUGCUGAACUACCAUCCUGAUAAAGCGGCUAAAAUUGGGGCUGGAGUUGAUUUUAUUACGGUUAAAAAGCAUAGCAACUUCCAAGAAAGCCGUUGCUUUUAUGUCGUGUCAACGGAUGGGCAGAAUGUGGACUUCUCAUACAUCAAGUGCUUGGAGACUUAUGUUAAGGGAAAGUACCCUUCAGUUGCCGAGUCCUUCACGUCCAAGUAUUUCAGAAGGCCUCGUUCUGGAGGUAAUCCCUCACCUGCUAGCCCCUCGCCUGCUAGCCCUUUGCCUGCAAGCCCCCCACCUUCAAGUCCUUUACCACCAAGCUCCUGAGUCCUUUAAGUGUUGGUUGUUUUGAUGGGUAAUAUUCUUGCUUUAUUUUGUGUACAUAACUAAAUAUUAGUAGCUGUUUUUCAGCCAAGAUUUUAGCUUUGAAUGCUCUCCUUACAUUACUGGUCCCCUUGGAAGCGCAGUCAUGGGGCUGUUUCUGAAAACUUUAUGCCUGGUGAAUUUUGUACAGAAUUAGAAGUUAUUUCGGCUAGGAGUUAAUUGUACAUGACUGUAAAGUUUUGGCAUCUAGGAAUGAGUUUUCACUUCUCUGUUGCCUCCUUUCUUUCUAGAGAUAGCUUUCUGUAUCAGCUGCCAGAUUUUGUUGCCUUUCAGUCUUGUUGAAAUGGAACACUCUCUGCUGAUGCCAUAAUGCAA